UCGAAACAAUGUGCAAAAACGAGGCAUUGCCAUCGGCAAAUCUUAACUCCUAUAGAUGGCGAUAGGCGCAAAAAAAUCAAUACGAAAUCAACAAAAAGUGAUCGAUUUGUAGCAAUUGCUAAUAGCAGCGCGCCAAUUAAUAUAGCAGCUGCCGUCACGAGAUAAAAGAAACAGCGCACAUUUGUUGUGGAAAAUUUUGCAGCCAUCGCAUCGCCGUCACCGCAGAAAAAAAUUUGCGCGUCUGUCUGUCUGCCUGCGUCUGUGUGCGUUUGUGGUUGAGAGCGUGCAUGUGUGUGUGAAUACUGCACGGUCUACUUUGUCAAUUAACAAAAAAAAAAAAAGAUUAGCGCUGUGAUCUGUUCCUGCCGAGAAAGAAUCUUGCACAUUUAAGCAUCAUGUCCAGUCUGCGACUCGAGGAGAAUCGGAAACUAGCCACCGCCGCCGCCGUCUGCCCGCUCAGCAAUUGCCAAUUCAGCGGCGUGGUAAUCAGCGCCAUCGCCGAUGAGCAGAAGCUGGAGUUUGCCAACAAAUACAGGGGUAGCUGUACGCUGCUCUGCAGCUACGAUUCCCAGGGUGUAGUCCUGCGGAUUGUAGCCGACGAUGACCGCAGCCACGUGCUCAAGGAGUACAUGAUAUCUGCCGACACGGAUGCCGCCCAGAUGGGCAGACGAAGCUAUGCCGUCUCUUUGGAGUCCGACAACCUGGUUCUGAGGUUUGCCAGCGAACAGGACCAGCAGCUGUUCCGGAAGGUGGUGGAGAAUGUAAAGCACCUCAGGCCCAAGUCUGUGUUCUCACAACGCACCGAGGAAUCCUCAGCCUCGCAGUACUUCCAAUUCUAUGGCUACCUCAGUCAGCAGCAGAACAUGAUGCAGGACUAUGUUAGGACGAGCACCUAUCAGCGGGCUAUUUUGGGCAAUUCGAUCGAUUUUCAAGAUAAGAUUGUAUUAGAUGUAGGCGCUGGCUCUGGCAUUUUGUCCUUCUUCGCCGUUCAGGCUGGUGCUGCCAAGGUCUACGCCAUUGAGGCUUCCAACAUGGCUCAGUACGCCCAACAAUUGGUGGAGUCCAACAAUGUGCAGCACAAGAUCUCUGUGAUACCGGGCAAGAUCGAGGAGAUUGAGCUGCCCGAGAAGGUGGACGUUAUCAUAUCGGAGCCCAUGGGCUACAUGCUCUACAACGAGCGCAUGCUGGAAACGUAUCUCCAUGCCAGGAAAUGGUUGAAGCCGCAAGGCAAGAUGUUCCCCACGCACGGCGACCUGCACAUCGCCCCCUUUUCGGACGAGUCGCUCUACUCGGAACAGUACAACAAGGCCAACUUUUGGUAUCAGUCUGCUUUUCACGGCGUUGAUCUGACCACGCUGCAUAAGGAGGGAAUGAAGGAGUACUUCCGGCAGCCUAUUGUAGACACCUUCGACAUCCGCAUCUGUAUGGCCAAGUCGGUGCGUCACGUGUGCGACUUCCUCAAUGACAAGGAGGACGACCUGCAUGUGAUUGACAUUCCCCUCGAGUUUCAUAUCCUGCAGACUGGUAUCUGCCAUGGACUGGCUUUCUGGUUUGACGUCGAGUUUAGUGGCACCACCCAAAACGUGUGGCUCUCAACGUCGCCCACAGCACCACUGACACAUUGGUACCAGGUGCGCUGCCUGCUCCCCAUGCCAAUUUUUAUUAAGCAGGGCCAAACACUUACGGGUCGCGUGCUGUUGGAGGCCAACCGGAGGCAGUCCUACGACGUGACCAUCGACCUGCACAUCGAGGGUACGCUAAUCUCGUCGAGCAACACUUUGGACCUUAAGAAUCCGUAUUUUCGGUACACGGGGGCGCCGGUGCAGGCACCGCCGGGGACUAGUACGCAGAGCCCGUCGGAGCAGUACUGGACGCAGGUGGAUUCUCAAGGCUCACGCAACUCUUCUAGCAUGCUCAAUGGCACUAUCAGCGUGAAUGGAAUGGGCGAUGGGAGCAUGGACAUAACCCAUGGACUAAUGCAUCCGCACUAAGGCAGCGGUGGAAAAAAAAGGCGAUUUAUAAUACAUCUUUCUGGGAAUUCUCUUUGCUCUAAGUCCGCUAAACUUCAAAGAUUGGUUCUAUUUUAUUGUUCAGCUUUUGUGUUACGACGUUUAUAUGUUUAGGUUAUUUAUUGAACACUGUUAAUUUAUUAUUGUGCCUACCUUCCAAAUUAUUUUUACCCUUUGUACUCCCUCCCUUUUUUUAACACUCGAAACUCCAUUGGCCGCUUAACAUGAUCGGAUUCGGAUGAGAAGAGGAACCCAGCCACCCAACCAACCAACAAAAAACAAUCAACAAAUCAAGGCAGACUAAUGUAGUUGUUUAGAACACACAGCAUAUUAAUAAGCCUAAGCUAAUUUUAGCCCAUAGUAAUUAGUGUUUUUAACGUAUGUAAAAUGUAAUAACGAUAUUUAGCCCGUGCGGGUCAGCGCUUCAGGAAAUUUCUUAGUUAAUAUGCCAAUUGUCACAUGCAGUUUUUGCCGAAAGCUUUGAUCAAAACAAGAAUCAGAUUGUGUAUUUUAUAUAUUAUGCGUGUUAUAUUAUAUUGUGUAUACCUCCCAGUUAGUUUCAAUUAUUUUCGUACUUGUGCCGCAUUUAAGCGUCUGUUUUUUUACCCUUAGUUCGUUUUGAAAUUGUAAGAAAUUGCUCAUAGGAUUAUAGUGCUAAGUUACGAGAGAUUAUACAUGUAUACCCCUCAAA